AUGAGUCCAAGAAUUUUUCUAAAUUCAUUCAAAAUAUUGAAGCCUGCCACGAAGAGAGAUAUGUAGCAACUCCCGCCGAGAAAAAAUAAAGGAUGGACGAGGACCGACGAUUUGAUGGUUUUGGCGGCGUGUGGGAUCAGGGUUUUACGGCCCUCCCAAAGGACGGUGCUCGCGCUGAAGUUGUGCGAGAUGAACAGCCGCGAAAACGUGGUAUUUGAACACCAUGUCAAAGACUCCUUUUCACCAUGGUAGACGUGAGAUGUUAGAAAUAGCAAUGUCAGCAUUUUUCUGUAAUAUUUCCACUAUCAUGAUUUCUAUUUCUUGAAAGACCCAAGGUGCAUCGUUGGCAUUGGGGCACAGUAUGCUUGCGGCGAUGAGAGCUCAGCAGGCAGGACGUCGCCCUGACGCGACUCGAAAGCUAACGGAGAAUAGCGUUGAUCCCCGAAUAUGCGCUGGAAUGGGUAGGCCUGCAGCAGGGCCUCCGUCGCAAGGUGGUUCCAACAAUGCAGGAGACGGACAACAACUGAUAUGAGAAUGCGAAAAAUUUGUACUGCCUGAAAUACGAAAUUGGAUGUCCACUUUGGAAAUAUACAUGAAAAAUGAGUACAACAUGAUAUCACUCAGCACACUGCGCUUCACGACUCUAACUUCUUCGGGUUCCACCGCAUUAGCUUCCUCGAGUUCUGCUACGAAUGCGGGUAAUAGAGCACUUGCAGCGCGACCAGGGUCCCCAAGGUCACUUUUUGGUCGGUCAGUGAAGCGGUCUAUGAUGGCUCCGUCAGGUGCAGCGGUCGCCGCAGGAUCAGCAAUUGCUGGCACCCAAGUAGGCAUUAUGUUGAGGUAGUGGAGAACUGAUUUUGAUGAUGCUGAAAGUCAAAAACCAGAAGAGGCACCAAGCUGCCAAAAAAGACCUUUCAUGGAAGGCAUUGCAAACACCUCCUGCUAGGCACAUUCAUCCAUUGACUCACUCACUCAUGACGCUGAUAUCUUGACAUCAAAUUAUACAACUAGAGCUACAGUAAGAUUUAUCCUCUUUCUACGUUUGGUUUUGUUUUAUCUUCCAGCAACUACUACUAGUUCUAGCUGCUCCCUACUUCUAAUCCCAAAAAGCCAGCUUCCGCAGCAGCCGUGCUUCUUAAUGGCCCUGGGGGUUCGGGCGCGCCUUUCGGUCUUGGUCCACCUAGACCUGGCGUCGCUGGCGAACAGAAGCUAGAGCAGUGGUCAGCCGCUUGGGUCUCGAGAGCGCCCUCAAUUUAUGGCUCAACACAUUUCUUUAUUUCCUUCCUACGAGUCAUUUGUGAUAGUGAUUGUGAGUUUGCUUCGAUACUGAUUUGUGCGAAGAUGGUAGCAGGACUGUAGUGUGAAUGGUUCCGGUAUUUUUGGUAUAGCCUGAAUUUGAUCAUAAGGGAAAACAAGAAGAGAACCCUUAGGAUCGAACUCAGGCUAUACCAAAAAUACCAGAACCAUACAUAGGGAACGAACUGUUUUGGGCUCUAAUCCAUGUUCAGCUUGGCGGAUGAUCUUUUACCUGGUCAUGGGAGUACUACUCAUGGAGUAGGAGUGGGGGUAGAGGAGAAGAAGAGGCAGGCAGAAGCAGUGACUUCCACACCGGGAAAGGACACUAGCGCAACUGCAUCAAUAAAGAGGCUUUUAUCGAUCGAUAUAAAUACACUGUCCUCCUCUCAGAAUACAAUGUCGUCUCCGUCUGUGGACCCAGCUUCUAGUGAUCAUCUUCUUCUGCAGCAGAGACCACGUGCUAAUGUAAUAGGAAUCGGAAGCACGCCUCGCAGGAACAGUACUGGUAGUGCGCCGAGUAUUAACAUGGCAACAUUACUAGCGAGUGGCUCACCACUCUCGGCUUCGUCGCAGUUGAUACUGUCGGCGCGAACGUCUACCGUUUCAACCGCGGCACUAGUGACUGGCACGGCAACGCUUUCAACGACAUCUCUAGGCCCUGCAGGGACGGUUUCGACACCUAUGGCAGCUACUUCUGGCUCAUCAGCUGCGCCAUUAGUUUCAACAACACCAACGGGCGGAAUAAGUGGAGGUCAUAGUGGUCAACAGCAACAGCUAGGAGCAGGAGGACUUGAGGAUAGACCAGCAUCGUCGUCCCCACAGAAAUCCCCACUACAAGAGCAACCACUACCACAUCAACAGUCAGUCGGGUCUGCUGCUCAGUCUGCCCAACCUGCAGCUUCAAGUCCUCAAGGACUUGCUAUUCCGACCUCACCAGGCCCGUUUAGAACAAGGCCGGGCUUGAGUCCUGUCAACAGGGAGAUGAAUCGAAGCAAUAUUAUGGAUGCUGACAUGUCGAUGACGUUGAUGAAAUCGAAGAAAUCUGCUGACAUGUUGUUGUAUUUGAAAUCGAAAGAAAUCGAAAUACUUCAAUUUUGACUCUUGUUGCAUCCUCUCUGCACUACAACUUUUCUGCCGAAUUCUAUGAGAUUGAGUGAAGAUGCAACUCCUGACCAUCUCUAAACCCCGUACACUUUUGAUGAUGAACGUGCUUGGUACAAGGGGAGGACCAUUACGCAAUGAGCAGCGCCAGCUGAACCGACCAGCUUCUCGCGAUAUCAAUAUGCAGCAUCACAACAAAGUAAAUUGGUCUGCGGCUUACGAAAGUAACCCUGAGACUUCUGCAUCUGACACGCCAGUAAUUCCACCGCCUGUAGGAGGAACACCAGUUCACCUCGCAUUGGAGCAAGAUCAACAUAAGACUACUUCUGUUGAUCGACAAAUAAAGCCGGCCACGCCUGACGCAUUCGUCACACCAGGAAAAGACGAACCAAGAAGAAGCUAUGUGCGUCUAGAGAAUCAUGUACUUUUAACUGCUUAUGAGAACUCAACCAACUUCUAAAACUUCUCACUCAUUCAAAUCUUCAAUACUUUGCCUUUGAGUUUGACUUCUCCUAAGCAAUACUAAGUACCCUGCUUUUUUACUCUCUAUGGUGGCUUUAUUAUCAGACUCCCCUCUCCAACUCAGGAAACCAGUUCCAAAGGAAUGAUCGUGAUACCGGAAUUCGUGCCAUCUCCUGGAAAAAUGAUGUAUCCGGAGGUUCGGGUUCGAAAAGAACGUAACGCCGUUCCCUGGCACCACCCUAAAGAAUUUGAUGCAGCGGUGCCUCUACCGCGAUAUUUACGGACUAGAGGGACGCCGGAACCAUCGUCGGUUAUUAAGGCUCCUGUUGUAAAGAUAUUUUUAGAGUGAUUGACAAUUUUUCAACUUUGAAUUCUACUUGAGAACAACUUUGAAUGCUCCAGUGAGUUGUUCUCAAGUAGAAUGAUGAAUGCACAAAUAGUGGCUGUUCACUCUAAGAAGAAGAAGAAAGGAAAGAAAAAGAAAAAGGCUCCGGAGCUGUCGCCGCGGGCAAUCGUACUUUUAUUGUUAAUUUUUUCGUCUGUUGCGUUUAUGAUCUUCGUUCGCGUGAACGCUGUAUGAUAAGUAGCAAUAAGAGAUACGUUGAAGUUGUAAGUGGAUAAUGAUGAUGUGGCUGGUUUUUUCUACACAACUACGAUCCUUCCUCUGGGGCAACAGAUAAGCAGAAAUAAGGGACUGCGUGGUGGUCAGGGUCCGCUUUGGUGACUGGUCUGACUUAGGGUUCCAUCACGGAAAACUAUCUCAGAUUGCUUUCCAGUAACUUGAUAGGUAACGAUAGUCACAGAUCUCCGUUCACGGAGUCGCAUGGUUCAUUGACAUGAGCAUUGUUCUCCACAACAAGCUGAUACAACAAGGACACCAUAGUCCUCAUCCUAUCAACACAAAAUGACCACAAAGGCACAAUACCGUUGUCAAGAGGCCGUCUUCCUAGUGCAGAGGAGUAACGACCCAUGCGUGUGGUAUGGCCAAUUUGGCAAGCUUCCAGUCCCAAGAACACAAAAAACAUAUGCAUACGAACAUGGAGACAAUACUUCUAGUGCUGGCACUGGUGGUGGUCUGAACAGUGGGAAUGGAAGUGCUAGUCAUCUUAACACCAGUAACAAUGUUGCAAGAAGUCUUCAGACCGGAGGAGACAAUAGCCAAAACAACAACUCAUCAGCGACCACAGCAAAUGGCUCGACAGCUGGUGCUAAUAGUGCUAAAAAUAGUACCAACAACAAUAAUGCAGCAGGCCCAGAAGUUGUAUACUUCGACCCUGAGAAGCAGAGUAAGGAAAGACUCGACUUUCUGCGCCAACUGCCGCUCAUGGUUGUAGAGGCACAGCGUACUAGCGCUAGUACCGCGAAAAUAGAACGAGGAUGGGCCGAUCGAAGUACGCAUGUGGAUGCGUGUAAUGAGAAGAAGGGAAAGCGGUUGGACGAAUCAGAACAAUUAGCAUGGCGACAACUACAGAACGCACAGGAGUAUGCUGCAGCUAUGAACCUUGAGGACACGCCAGCGCUGCGUCCGCCGAGAGGGGCACCAAUUUUUUAGAGUCCAGAAAUCAAAUGAUAAUGAACAGGAAAGGCAAAAACGAUUGAUACACUUAAAUAUUCCGCUAUGAUAGACUGACACACAGUAAGAUUCCACUAUGAAGAAAUUGACACACUAACAUUCCACUUCAUGAUUGACACACACGCUCACGUUCCGAUUCCAUUUCGAUUGACAUAUGAUGAAACGACACUAAGAUUUUAUGAUGAUUGACAGAUGAUGACGCACCACAUAACCACUGAUCGCGAUGAGGUGUAUGCGAUAAAUGUACUUAGCAUUGUUCGACAUUGUUAUUCUCCUAUUUGGUAGUAGUCGUGUGGCUACAUCACAGGGACGACAACAUGUAUACAUUCUGAUUGAAUUGGUGCUAUUGCUAUUCUAGAAAAUGUACUUUGAACACUAACGAAUCGAAAGUUGUUCCGCUUUCAUUGUAUGAAACAACGCAAAGACGGGGCAGCAGUUUGAACUUGUUAUCUUGUUGAUUUGUAGAAGUCUUGUGAAUGAACUGUAGGUUCGAGAAUUCGAUUCCACAGAGUUUUUCAGCUUUCUCUCGUUGAGAAAGUCACUGGAUGCAAAAAUAUGUGUAGAAAAAUGUGGCAGCGUGUAUAGAAAGCCGCCCAACUUAUGGAACAAGAUCUUGAAGAAGAUUUACG